ACGCUUACGGCGCUUCUGUCUCUAUGCAAGAUUUGUUUGGACAACGAAUGAAUGUGGAAUUCCGCGGAGACCCGGAACAAACUAUGGUGUCUGUAACAUCACCCCCUUCGAGUCGGACUGCAGCUCCUCGGUGACUGGAAAGUUUUCGGCUUUAUGUGAGUUAAAUGAGGCCAAAAGUGCCGAAUGGGUUGUGCUGUUGUAUCUCUCCGUGACUUCUCAAACCGGCGUCGUUAGCUUAGCUUUAGCAGGCUAACGAGCUGAUGCCGAGACAUCUGCGGGAAAGGGGUUUAAAUCGAAUUUAUUUUUGUUUUAUUUAAAUCACCAUGCGUUCUGAUGACAGCUAUACCGAAGCGUCAAAUGACAUCGCUGAGCAGAAGUGACCGUCAAGGAGGCAGACGUUAGGGGUUUUUUUUUCUGCUCAGGUAGUUAUGAGCAGUUUUAAUAUUACAACCCAAACAACCGCAUUUAGCUCUUCGUCCGUGAGUGUUGACGCCGCCAACAACAAUAACAACGAGAAGGAGUGGGGUUUGGGAAGCGAUGUGUAUCCGUACUGUCACGAGAUGAGUCUCAUGGACGAUUCAAUGCAGGCAGGGAUGUCCUCGGUCCAGCCGGGACUGGACGGCCACCUGCCGCUCAUACACGCCGGCCAUCACGGCGCCCAGGACGGGCUGCUGCUGGACCUGAACUCCCCGGGAGCCUUCAUCGACAGCGGCUCUCUGGAGUACAGCGACAACGACGGGAACGGCGCGGGUCCGCUGUUCGAGAGGAGGAAGAGGUCCCGGUCCAACAGCUCCAGACACAGAUUCAACGAGGUGGUCACGGAGCUCGGUCCGGAGGAGGUGCGGUGGUUCUACAAGGAGGACAAGAAGACUUGGAAAGCUUUUCUCGGGCAUGACUCGCUUAAAAUCGAGAGGAUGUUUCGGAAAUACUGCGAGCUGAACCCCGGUGCACCAGGCACCCAGGUCAGCGGACAGGAGGAAGGAGAGGAGGAGGAGGAGGAUGAGGAGUGCGGCACUGCGUGUGAGGAGAGCAGGGUGAACGGUGCAGUGCCUGUGGACACCAGUACCAGCAGCGUGCACGGAGGCCGGAGGUCCUUGGACACGUCCACGUUCACGUUGUCCUCUGACGAGAGGGACCCUGACAGCAUUGAAAUCAACGUAGAGCCAGUGUGUGUCCGGGGAGGACUCUAUGAAGUCGAUGUUAAAGAGAGGGAAUGCUACCCCGUCUACUGGAAGCAACAAGACCAUAUACCUGUAAUGAGAGGCCAGUGGUUUAUCGAUGGCACUUGGCUCCCGUUAGACGAAGAAGAAGGUGACCUAAUCGAGCAGGAGCACCUGAACCAUUUCCGCGGCCAACAGAUGCAGGACACCUUCGAGACGGAUUUGAUUGUGAAGACCGUUGACAGCAAAGAUGUUCUCUCCCAUCUGCCCCCUUUCUACCUCCCCUUUCUGUUCAAAUGGAGUGGAUAUCAGACGAGUGCUAGAACUACAUGUCACAAGCGCAAACGCUGCCAAGCCAUCCACAGUCUGAAGCUGAGUCGCACACACGUGGAUUGGCACAGCGUGGACGAAGUCUACCUCUACAGCGACGCCACCACGUCCAAGAUUGCACGCACCGUAACCCAGAAGCUCGGCUUCUCCAAAGCCUCCAGCAGUGGUACACGGCUCCAUCGGGGCUUUGUGGAGGAGGCCUCGCCGGAGGACAGACCCCCGCAGACUACACAUGUCGUCUUCGUGGUUCACGGCAUUGGACAGAAGAUGGACCAGGGCCGUAUCAUCAAAAACACUGGAAUGUUGAGGGAAGGCGUGAGGAAGAUGGAGGAGAAGCACUUUUCAGACCACAAUGAAGAACACGUGGAGUUCCUGCCCGUGGAGUGGCGCUCCAAACUCGCUCUGGAUGGAGACACUGUAGAUUCAAUCACUCCAGAUAAAGUGAGAGGACUGCGAGACCUUCUGAACAGCAGCGCCAUGGACAUCAUGUACUACAACAGCCCUCUCUACCGGGACGAAAUCACCAAGGGUCUCACGCAGGAGUUGAACAGACUGUACACGCUCUUCUGCGCACGAAACCCGGACUUUGAGGAAGGGGGCGGCAAAGUGUCCAUCGUGUCUCACUCCCUGGGCUGCGUCAUCACGUACGACAUCAUGACGGGAUGGGAUCCCGUCCGCUUCUGUCUGCAGGAGGACCGCGCCGUGGAGGAGGAGCUGGACCUACGCUGGAUGUCUUACGAGGAGCGCCACCUGUUGGAGCAGCUCAGACACACCAGGAAUCGGUUGCGAGAGCUGGAAAAUCAGCUGGUGACACUUGAGGCCUCCCGGCCUUCGGCGCCUCCGGCUCUCAAAUUUAAGGUGGAGAACUUCUUCUGUAUGGGUUCUCCUCUGGCAGUGUUCUUGGCUCUGAGAGGGAUCCGGCCCGGAACCAGCUGCCACCAGGACCACAUCCUGCCCACCUCCAUCUGCAGCAGGCUCUUCAACGUCUUCCACCCCACCGAUCCAGUGGCUUACAGACUGGAACCCCUCAUCCUCAAACACUACAGCAACAUCUCACCUGUUCAGAUACACUGGUGUAGUGCCACUAAUCCCACACCCUAUGAUGAGAUCCGACCAACAUUCCUCAACCCGGUGAAAGAGCCCACGUCUGACACAGAGAGCAUUCCCAGUCCCAGCACCUCUCCCGUCCUGCCCCGGAGGCACUACGGGGAAUCCAUCACCAGUCUGGGCAAGGCCAGUAUACUAGGAGCGGCGAGCAUCGGGAAGGGGAUCGGAGGCAUCCUGUUCUCGCGCUUUUCCCGCUCCAACAGCCAGCCGUCCGUGUCGUUGGGACUCGACGGCGCAGCAAACGCCGACGAAGAGGAGCAGAAACGCACAGAGAGCCAGUCGGCGUACGGCCUGUCCACCAUGGUCCGGCCCACCUCGCCCACUGUGGACACGUCAUUGGAGCUGGAGCGGCGCAUCGACUUCGAGCUCCGCGAGGGUCUGGUGGAGAGCCGGUACUGGUCGGCGGUGACCUCGCACACCGGCUACUGGUGCUCACACGACAUCGCUCUCUUCCUGCUGACCUUCAUAUACAAGCCGAAGACGAUGGCCUCCGACCCAGCAGAAGACGCCCCGGUGCCAGACUGAGGCAGCACAUCCAUUACACCACACGCGCACACACACGCACACACGCACACUUGAGCGGUGUCUUAUAACUCUGAAGGUGUUUGUCAUCUUCAUGACCAAACUCAAAAAGUCACUUUGUCCACACAAACUAUUCAUACUCUCAUCAUCAAUACUUUCCUCAACUUUUUUUUUUGUUUUUGUUUUAUUUGGUGGGUUUUCCAGCUCUUGGAUUUCUUUACCAACAAACUGACUAAAAAACUUCAUUCCAAAAUGUGCAUUUCUUAGUUUUUCUGUUUUUGUGAAAGGGUGACGGUGUUGAACCAGGUACGCCUUUUGCCAGUAUGAUGCAUGUAAACACAGGAACAGAGGUCAAUGGACUACACUUGUACUACGCUCCCAAAGCGCUUUACACUGUAUUAUCACUUUCACAUUCAUAGGGUUCAGUGUCUUGCCCAAGGACACUUCGACGUGCAGACAGGGGGAAGCAAUCGAACUACCAACCUCACGAUUGAGAGACGACUGCUCUCCCCACUGAACCACAGCCGAGCGUGAUGAGUCUGAUGUUUGGAUGACCGUUGCCACCAGUAAAGGAGUUCUGAAGUUCAGUCCAGCUGCUUUUGCUCCGACUCAGUCUGGAGCCUUGUGACACAUUUACUUGACGCGCGGCGUGUGAGACCGACCGCCAGCGCCGUGUCUCAGUUUGUUUCUCCGUCUUUCUUUGGAUACAGACGGAGAAACACAGCUGUCAAAAAUGUUUAGUUUUUCUUUAAAGCUAGCUUUUUCUUUUUCAUGUCAGAAACCAGGAUAUCCAAUGCCUUUUCAAAGCAGCCAAACAAUGUAACUCAAGUUGAAUAUUUCUUCAGUUUUUCUACACACAGAUCUCGAAACAUGUGGGGCAUUAUCCCUUUAAUGAUGUUUCAGCAAUAUGAAAACAGACACAUGCUCCUCUUCAGUUUGUUUUUUUUCCAUUUUAUGUUUAUUUUUAUUGCAGUUAUACAUCAGAUAAAACCUGAGCAAAGUGCUGGUUUUAUAUUCUACACAGUAAACUAGAAUUUUCCUGUUUUGUUUUCAGGAACUCGGCAUUGAGAUUUUUGUUUCUUACUGUCACCAGUCGGAGGUAAACGCCUUCAUUCAAAUCCUUUGUUACACUGACAUCCUGGGGUUUUCAUCCAUGUGUGGAUUGUACCAACACAGGCGUAUCUUUGCUGUUGUGAAAGAGUCUGAUGUGUAUAGUUAUUUUCUUACGCAGUCAAAUCCUAGUCUAAAAAAAAAAAAAAAAGAAUAAUAAUCUUGAUGUCAGUUACAAGACAAUGAAACCAACUCAAAACAAUCCAACAGAAAUUCAUGCUUCUAUGGUGGGAAUUUUCUCUCCUCGCGUCUUUAUAUUGAAAUCCAAAUGAAAUCAGUGAUUUAGAUGUAUUUUUUCUUAAAAACAAAAAAAAUAUUUUUCCUAGUGACUUUCAGGCUGUUGUGGAUUUAAACCUGGAUCUCAUUUCAGAGAAAAAUGGAAUGCCAACUUGUGGCCAAAUAACAUUUAUUUGUACACUCGUUAGCUGCCUGGCUUUGCUAAAAUAGUUGAUCUAGUUAGCCAAGGGUAUUAACAGCAGAGUUUUUUUUUUUUAAAUGCGUUGCACAUGAAAAAUGAACUUCUUCGCCUUUUUUCUGUCCAGUUCUCACUUGUCAGCUUGUCUCGUUAAUUGUGUGUGUGUGUGUCUGUGUGUCUGGGGACUUACCUGAUUUUUCAAACAUGUAUAUUUGAUGUUUAGAUUAAACUGCUUUAAUCUAAACUAUAACUUAAAAAAAAAUAAGAAAUGGAUAAGAGGGGAAGUCAUGAAGUUUUUCAAACAUAAGUUUGAGCUUUGAUUUAAGGAAAAAAAAAAGUCCUGAUGGAGCCUCCAUUAGUUUCUGAUCCCAGUAAUUAAUCUUAAAUUAAAAUGCUUGCUCACUUUGCAUGGUGUUAGAUUAAUAGUGAAAGGCUGCUGGGAGAAGCAAACGGUGCAGAGUGCCAACACACACGUAAGAAACUUUACUACAACAACAAAAGAAAAUCACUCAUGAUUGUUAAUGGAUUUCUAAUUAAACCAUUUUUUAGUACUUUUUUUUUCUUUCUUUUUCUUUUUCUUUUAAAGGGGGAUGAAGGAAUGGAAUUGUCCUCGUUCACGUGACAGAUUUUUCUAACUGUCUGUGUCAAAUGUAAUAAUGUGCGUCUUGCUUAUUUAGGAAAAAAAAAAAAAAA